UUCGCCACAGUACCUGCAUGAGGUGUAUACUUCAGCGUGCGCGAGUCAGGAGCGCAUCACAGACCUACAUUCACGAGCGCUGCGAUGAUCUUCUCUGCGUCUUGGACCUUCGGUCGCUCAAUGCGCAUUGCGUUCCGCGAGACGGGUGUUUGAGGAGCUAUCCACCGCAGACUCACUCAAACGAGACGUUUGAAACGUUCUUCAGAUAUUUCCACUGAAUAGAGGCAACCGCGCGACACAUGGAAGAUCACCUGAGGAACUCUGAGAGGAAUGUUAAAGUUCGGGAACUGCUGAAAUGCGUUGGAGGACCAAGAACAUCUCAGAGUCAGAGGAUCUGAGGGACAAGCGGACACGAGGGUUGUUCUGCUGCAAGCCGAGAAUUUACUUUACGUGUUUAAUGCCUAACGCAUUUUUGACGUUUUAGAUGGAUUCUUUUUAUACGAGGGGUGGGCGUACAUAUAAAGAGAGAGACGUAAAAUAACCUUGGAACUGAAGAGGGUUGAGUGCCGUUCACAGACACUCAUCAGAAGUGGCGCAAGAUAGCAAAAUCAUAAAAAUUAUCCUCAUUAAUUUUUUUACGGAGUCAUGCUGAUUCGAAGCCAGGCUUUACGGUGGGCAGUUUUCUUGACACUUUGUCUUCUGUUGGUGAAGGGGUUCCCUGCAAAAAGACGAAGAGCGAACCACAUCAAGAGCAAAAGUGGAACAUCUCUAGAGGUCAGAGGUCACAGUGGAUCCAAAGAUGUCAGACAGUCACUGCGGGACAUUCAGAGGCAGAACCAAUUGAGGAGCGAGCCACCUUUGCCUCGCCGUCAUAAGAGGAGAUGGUCACAGAUUCGCUCAGAGGGAGUCCUUCCCAAACCUGCUCCACAGGAAGAAGAGGAACCCUUCAUUUUAGACCUGAAGAACUUCCCUGACCUUGCCAACGCAGACCUGGGCUCCCAGAACCCAAACAUUCAAGUUACCAUUGAGGUUGUGGACAGCCCACAGAUGGAGAUUGAGAUGGACCUUGCCAAGGAGAGCAGGAAUGACUGGUCUUUGAGCUCAGAAGAGUGGGCAGGCCAUAAAAAGCUCUUCUGGCCUCUGUUCUGGGAAUACCAUGAUUCCAGUCAAGAAGGUCCUGGGCAAGGUAGUCUGGAGGAGAAUGGAGAAGACCUUAGUUACGAGGGAGAAGAUUCCCUAUUGAGCGGUGUGGGUGCAGACUGGAACAGACGAUGGAAGGGCUGGGACUCCAUGGACAAUUACGAAUAUGAGGAGGAAGAAUGGAGCGAUUGGUCACCAUGCAGCGUCACCUGUGGGCACGGGAACCAAAAGAGGAUUCGUUCAUGUGGCUACGCAUGCACUGCCACAGAAUCACGGACGUGUGAUUUAGAGCGUUGUCCCGAUGACAUAAUUCCUGUGACAGAACUGACUCCUCAAGUAACAAACAGCACAGAGCUUUUUGACACAGAUGUUGACAGCUGUGAGAAGUGGCUGAAUUGCAAGAAUGACUUCCUCCAGAAAUACCUACACCAGGUCCUGACCGAAUUACCCAACUGUCCUUGCGUCUACCCAUCCGAGGUGGUCUACAGCGCUGUCAACAUUUUCGAUAGGAAGUUGCAAAAGACCUAUCGCUGGCGAGAUGCAAGUGGCCCCAAGGAGAGGCUGGACAUCUACAAGCCCUCUGCAAAGUUUUGCGUUCGCUCAAUGCUCUCCUUCGACAGCACCACUUUGGCUGCACAGCAUUGCUGCUACGAUGAUCACAUGAAGCUCAUCACUCGAGGCAAAGGAGCCGGAGCCCCCAACCUCAUCAGUACAGAGUUCUCCCCGGAGCUUCAUUACAAAGUAGACGUUCUUCCAUGGAUCCUGUGUAAAGGAGACUGGAGCCGCUUUCAUUCGGUUCGGCCUCCCAAUAAUGGUCUACAGUGUGUUGAGAACCCGCAGGAAGAUGUUUACAUGAAUGAACUAGAGGAGGCCAGGGAGUACUGAUCCAAAUUAUCUAAUCAACCAGUGUCUUACCAGUCAUGAACUCAAUCAAAGCUUCCUCCUUUUUGAUUAGGUGACCCUUUCACAGAUCUAGACUCUUUAGUCGAUACUGAAAGGAACUCUUGAAAGAUUCAUCUGGAGAGUAAAGCUUAGAUACUGUCACAAACUGUUUUGUACAGCUCAACUGCAACAACACUGGUUUAACAUAUUGGUCCGAAGUCCAGAUUGGAAGAUCAUGAUGCAAUUUUCUGUCUUUGGUGAUGUUAUGUACGUGCUCCAAACAAAGUUCAGCGAUAGUUCUUCAAUGGCAUUCUCUGGAGCAAGUUUGCUGUAUUUUUAUUGGAUAUACACUUGUUUAACUUAAGUGUCCUCAAAGACUCUGGUCCACCAUUAAAGGCAUUCCAUUAAAGCUGCUAGAAUUGUGAGAUAUUCAAAAAUGCAACAGAAUGCCGAUUUUGUUGUCUUUAGACCUGAAGCUCAAUCCUGGCCUUGCUCCAGUCUGUGAGAGAUCAGUCCAAACAAAUCAAACACAAGCCGCACCGCUUGCAAACCAAUUUAACACAUUUCUGAGAAAAGGUCUUCUCUUUAGAGUUUGUAUAUUGUUACUCCAAAUAUACACAGACCUUGUGUCACUGGAUAGACAUAUAUAUGCAGGACCAUUUGACCGUUGACCUACCUUUUUGCAGAGAAAAAAAUGAGGAAUCAGAGAACCUUUUUUUGAACUUGCCUUUGAGAAGACUUCCCUCACCAAUGGGAGGAUUGUUUUUUAAAUUCUGAAGUAUAAUUGGAUCCCAUUCUGUUUUCUUUUUUGCCUUUCAACACAACUCAGCUUUGUACUGAAUGCAAUAUGAGACAGUCGCCUGACACCAGUGCAGGGGGCUGUCGGAGCUUGGUUGAUGGAUUGAAGUCUUGCUCUAAAGGUGAGGUUAGGGUGACACUUGUUGUAAACGAACAUCUCUUUAAAUACAAUGGCUCUUUCAAUGUCUCGGUUCUUCCUUGAGUCCCAUCAAAGCCUAGUUUGAAGGACCUAAGCCGCCCUUUUCAGCACAAGUGUUAUCAUGAUAUCUUUUCUAGAUGUUGACACAGAAUGUUGGUGAUUUGAUUUCUAAAUUCCCGCUGACAGAUGUAGCAUUAAGCUUCCACCUUUGAUAAUGUCACAUACUAUGCUUAAAAUCACAGUGUUGUCCUAUGAAAACUCAGUUGAGAUGUUUUACUAGAUAAAUUAAAAAUAUUACAUUAUGUUGCAAGGAUUACUGCUACUGAUGUGAUAUUGAACCUGUAAGUAACCUGUCCUUGGUUAGUUAUUCAAGGUAAAGGUUUCUGUAGGUCUUCAUUGCAUCUGUUAUUAUGAGCAAGGUAUUUUUGAUACAAAAUCAUUUAAUGGUUAAUGGUUGAUCUUAAGAUCUACAUUCCUCUAGAGUUUAGUUAUAACUCUAAAUAAUCUUCUAAAUUUGAAAAGGAUAAUCAAGGUAUUUGCGUUCACUUUAAAAAUACAGACAGGUUGCAAGUAACAUUAAACUCUGCAGAAGAUGAUCCCCAAAUGUAGGAAUGAGCCAACUGCACAUUAGCAUCGCUUAUGAUCCCUGUCAGACCCGAACAAAACCGUGAAGAUGUUUUCACUGAGAUAACAAUAAAUGCCAGCCAUUAAAAUAUCAUUUAGUCCAGCUGUGAAAAUGUUGGAAGCAUUCAAAUAUCCUGCUCUUUGUGAUAGUGUAUUUGCCUUAAAUAUUACAGACAUGGAUUUUAUGAUCUUUGUGGUAUGUGCAUGGGUUCUGUCCAACCUAUGAUCAUUAGAAAUACGUGCCUCUUCCUACAUUUUUGCAAAACUUCAAAAACAUACCUAUGCAUGCAGUCCGCUGCAGUUUCCAUCUGAAAUGAACACUGGUGGCAGUAAAAGAGCAACAACAUUUAUUCGAGCUGUACUCGAUGGCAGAUUACUGAUUAAUAAUGAGCUUGAUUCCUUGCACAUAUUAUGUCAUGGUGACCAAACACCUUUACCAUAGCACCAUUUGUAUCUAGUAAACUUGCUUGGUUGCUUACCUGGCAAUGCAUUGAACUUGCAAAUUUGUGGAUUGUGGCACAGGUCCUGAGUGUACUAAAAUGAUAUGGUUGCUCCAGAAAACAUAUUUUUACCUUACAGUUGUUUUUAUUGAUAUUGGUUAGGUUUAUGAUUGAGCUGAAGUGUUGUUUAACCUAUAUUUCCACUCAGCAUACAGUUUCCAAACUGCCACAAUACGUACAUACUGUACAACACCCAAGGCAAUAAAAUGUUGAUAAAUUUACACUGUUUAAUUCCACUCAAUGGAUAUUUAAUUUUGAAUGUGUCGUGAAAUGUGUAAAUAACAAUGCAAUAUUUCACAGAAAUAUGACCAAAGUUUGUCCAGCGAGCAUGGGUUGGUUCUUUCAGAAGUAAGUCGCAUUGCCUGCAUACCCAGGUUUUUGGUUUUGUCAAUAUUUUUGGUGAUGAAUGUGGGUAUUUGGUUGACAAAAAUGUAAAAUUUGGUAUCCUUUUUCUAAUUUGCAAUAGUAGUUGUUAAAGAAUGGUUAUAAUAUACUCUUUUCUAAGUACAUUUGAUGGUAAGAUUUCACCUUUCAGAGCUUCACAAAGAAAGGCACUUUAUUUAAAUACUGAUAUUGGAAUAUAUAUGUAUAUAUAAUCAUAUAUUGAAUUAUACUUUAUAAGAAUGUUAUUGUAAAGGGAUGAAUAACAAAUGCUGUUCUUUAAGGAUAUUGUAUGUAAUGUAAAAUUGUGGCAUGUCAUUUUUUUACUUCAGAUUUAUCGUUGUACAGUAUUUAUUGCUUUUGAUUUUGUAACUCGUUGCUAUGAAGUGGAUAAUCAAAUAAUUCUAUGCACUAUAUGAAUCUGAGUUAUUUGUCUUUAUAGGGGAUUUCUGGUCUGUGAAAAGGAAAGUGCCAUACCACACACCGUUCUACUUCAAUAACUCUUCUAAAGUCAUCUUUCUUUGUAUUAAACACUUGGUGACCAGAUAUAAUAAAUGUAACUUUGAUAAUGUCA